AUGAGAUCAAUUGCACCAAGUAAGAAAGGACACAUAAUGCCAGAAGUUAAAGUACGUUUCCCUCCAGAAAUCACACCAAUUAAUCUCAUCGAAACAGCUAUCGCGAAACUAGAGACUAGCGGACAAACAUCACGAAUUCCCAAUGGGUUUAUUGCUUAUCGCAUGGCUUUUUACAAGGAACUUCACUCGAUCAAACAUCCCGUGAUAACACACCCACAACUUUCGACGACAUUGGUCAAACAAUCAUGGCUCAAAGAAGAGGAACACGUACGACGAGAAUAUCAUCGCAUCGCAAAAGAAGCCAAAGAUUUAUAUAUCCAAAUUUGCCAUGAACGAAGUCCACUUUUUGUUACAAAUAUGUUUUCAAUUGAUAACGAAGAUUAUUCUUCUUCUAAUACGAAAAACAAUUCGGACGCAUUAGAAUUUGUCUUUUCAAAUUCGAGUAAUUUGAGUGACUCUAAUUUUAACCUUUUUAAUAGCAACGAAAUAUCUUUAUUACCAUCAUCUUCUUCACAUGAAAAAAACACCACCGCAUCCGCUACUCCAAAUGUCACAAACAUAUUCAAUACCGAUAAUCUAACACCAGAACAAUUGAUCUCUCAAUGUUUAUUUUCUUCCAUUUUAUCCAUUUAA